AUGCUAUCAAUAGAGAAGCAUCUUCGAUCUAUCAGUUGUGCGGAUGAUCGACGAGUGCGACUUAGCACGUUCAUGUUCAGAGGCGACGCCGAGAGAUGGUGGGAGACUGCCCGUCAGAGGUUUGGCAACCGAGAGCCCACAUGGAUCGAGUUUCAACAGGUGUUCAAUGACGCUUAUUGCCCGGCAUGGGUCAAGGAACAGAAAGUCUAUGAGUUCGUUGAGUUGGUGCAAGGUACUAACACGGUGGCUCAGUACGAGGCAGAGUUUACAGCCUUGUCUCGAUAUGCUCCAAAAUUGGUGUCCACUGAAGCAAGGAAGGCAGCUAAGUUCCAGAGAGGAUUGCGUGUACCCAACCACCCCAGAAUAGAGGCCAACAGGCGAAUCAGAGGCCACCAGCAGUUAAAGGGCCAGGAGCACCUAUACCCGCAGUACCAGUAG